AUGUCUUCUGACACAUCAGAAUAUACUAUUGGGGGUGUGAAGAUCAUAUUCCCUUGCAAGGCUUACCCUUCCCAACUUGCCAUGAUGAAUGCUAUUGUUAAGGGCUUAAAUAAUAGGCAACACUGUUUGUUGGAGAGCCCUACAGGAAGUGGCAAAAGCUUGGCGUUGCUUUGUUCUGCAUUAUCAUGGCAGCAGUCUCUGUAUGAGAAACUGCUGCUUCCAUCAUCUGGUGAACAGGAAGACAGAAAGCCAGAGCCCUCACCAGCGUGUCACUGCAUGUGUCAUUCCCAAUUGAAGAGUGACGAGGCUGCAACAAGUGUGAAUCAUGGUGCUGCUGCUUCUUUUAAUGAUAAUGAAACAGGAAGUUCCAUACAACCUGGAAGCCCGCUAAAAAACACAGAAUGUAAGGAAAAUGAAACGCUAGCUUCGAAAUUGUCUGCCAAAAAGAGGUUAUCUCUGUGUGACGGUGAGAAUGAUGAUUUUCAAGUAGACAGAAAAAGGAUUCGUCGUUUAGAAACUGAGCAGCAGGUCAGAAAACGUCAUUGUUUUGCAAAAGGAGUGCAGUUUAUUGAUGCUUUAGAAGUUUAUAAUCAGAGAAAAAAUGGAGAGCUGAUUGUUCACUCGGAAAAAAGUGUGAAAACCACUACUUUUUCUCCCAAAACAUCUUCUGGUCCUUGCACUGAAUGUUCCUGUUCUUCUGGAAAAGAAACUAAUAAAGAUUCUAGUAACACAAAGAAGAAAGAAAAUGGAGACCGACCAUUCAUUCCCAAAAUAUUUUUUGGAACACGAACACACAAGCAAAUAUCCCAGAUUACCAGAGAAUUGAAGAGAACAGCAUAUUCCAAUGUCCCCAUGACAAUUCUUUCUAGCCGGGAUUAUACCUGUAUUCAUCCAGUGGUAUCUAAUAGUGGUAGUAACAGGAACGAAAUGUGUGUAGAAUUGCUGGAAGGAAAACAUGGUAAAUCCUGUCUUUACUAUCAUGGUGUUCAUAAACUCAGUGAACACCAUGCCCUACAGUCUGCACAUGGGAUGUAUCAGGCUUGGGACAUUGAAGAUCUAGUGAGCCUGGGAAAGAAGCUUCGUGCCUGUGCAUAUUUUGCAGCCAGAGAACUCAUGGUGGGCGCAGAUAUUGUAUUUUGUCCAUAUAAUUAUCUCCUAGACCCGCAGAUACGGGAGAGUAUGGAGAUUAACCUAAAAGGCCAAGUAGUCAUUUUAGAUGAAGCCCAUAAUAUUGAGGACUGUGCUCGGGAGUCUGUGAGCUAUGGUGUUACAGAAAGUCAACUAAUUGCUGCUCGAGAAGAGCUGGAUUUCAUGGUCAAUAACAACAUCAGGCAGAAGGAUCAUGAGGCCUUACGGGGUGUGUGCUGCUCUUUGACAAACUGGUUACGAGAGAGCUCUGGUCAACUAGUAGAAAGAGGGUAUGAAACUUCCUGUAAGGUUUGGAGUGGAAAAGAAAUGAUCACCAUUUUGCACAAAAUGGGAAUAACUGAUAUUGCUUUUCCCAUUUUACAGAAACAACUUGCUGCUAUCCUGGAAAAAGAAGAAAAAGUAUCAGUGCUUGGUAGAGAGGAACUUAUUGAGAUACCAGUUGUGAGCCCUGCCACUCAGAUUGUGCUGAAAGGGUUAUUCAUGGUUCUUUUAUGUCUUUUUAAAGAUAAGAGCAGGUAUGCAGAUGACUACAGAGUUGCCUUACAACAAACUUAUGCUUGGAUGAAUGAAAACCAACUUGAUGUUUCAGAUUCGAGUGCCUUGUUUACACGACCCAAGCACAAGAGGAACUUGCGGCAGAAAACUGUGGUCCACAUGCUUAAUUUUUGGUGCUUGAAUCCUGCUGUGGCUUUUUCAGACUUAAGUGAUGUUAGAACAAUUGUUCUGACAUCUGGUACGCUCUCUCCGAUGGAUUCAUUUUCUUCAGAGCUUGGUGUGAAAUUUUCUAUUCAGUUGGAGGCAAAUCACGUUAUUCGGAACUCACAGGUUUGGGUUGGCACCAUUGGAGCAGGUCCUAGUGGUCGGAAGUUGUGUGCCACAUUCCAGCAUACAGAGACCUUUGAGUUCCAAGAUGAGGUGGGAGCACUUCUCCUUUCAGUGUGUCAAACUGUCGGCCAAGGAAUUUUGUGCUUUUUGCCAUCCUAUAAGCUGUUGGACAAAUUAAAAGAUCGCUGGAUGCACACUGGCUUAUGGAGAAACCUGGAGCUGGUCAAGACAGUCAUUGCAGAGCCUCAAGGAGGGGCAAAGAGUGACUUUGAUGAACUGCUGAAAAUAUACUAUGAUGCAAUAAAAUGUAAAGGAGAGAAGGAUGGAGCGCUCCUUAUAGCUGUAUGCAGAGGAAAAGUUAGUGAAGGCUUGGAUUUCUGUGAUGAGAAUGCCCGUGCAGUUAUAACCAUAGGGAUUCCGUUUCCAAAUGUGAAAGAUCUUCAGGUUGAAUUAAAGAGGAAAUACAAUGACCAGCACAAAAAUACAAGAGGCCUUUUACCAGGGAGUCAGUGGUAUGAAAUUCAAGCUUACAGGGCUCUGAACCAAGCCCUGGGAAGGUGUAUAAGACAUAGGAAUGACUGGGGUGCUCUUAUUUUAGUUGAUGACCGCUUCCGGAAUAACCCUAAUAAGUACAUAACUGGAUUAUCUAAAUGGAUUCGUCAACAAAUCCAGCACCAUGAAAAUUUUGGUAGCGCACUUGAAUCCUUGCAAGCAUUUGCUAGAAGAAACCAAAAAGGGAUUGAUUGUUCACCAGAGUGCAGCACUGAAUCUCUCCAUGUACCUUCAAAUUCAAAAGACCUGUCACAAGCCUCUCAAGGGGAGGCAACUCUUCAUCUGUCACCAGAUGUUGCUGCUAAAAGUGAGGAGCAAAAUUUGGUUUCAGAAAUUAACUUUACUACAACCAUCAGCUUGACUGGCAAUCCUACAGCAUCAAAUCAGCCAAGUAACACCACAGCAACAAUUAAACAAAGUGGCCAGAAAGUUGAUGUAAAGGGUCAUUCUCACCAUGUAUCACAAAGAAGAAAACAUAUGGACUCCACACCCAAACUGCCAGUGACUAAAAUAGAGAGAGAAGAAAAGAAUGGUUGGACUAAUUCUGAUAUUAAGAAAGAACAUUGCUGCAUUAAACCACUGACUUCAACACCUUUGCCUGUGGCCAAGAACUGCAUGUCCACAGCCAGUAGCAAACAAAAGAACAUGAAUAGGACUAACGAACUUAUUGAUAGUGUAAAUCAAUGCCAGACAUCAUUAAUUUCAGAACAUAAACCAGGCGUACCAGAAUCGUGUUUAGAAAUGACUAAUUUUUCAGUUAAAAAUACUGAGGCUCCAGUUGCUGAAGGGCGUCCUGAUGAGCUCCGCCCUCAGGCUGAGCUUUUUUUUUCAGCAGGAGGGAAAUCUGAAUUUUCAAUGUUCAAUGUAUCUGCAGAAGCUGAAGAUGAGGAUGAGAGUAUCUACUUCACACCAGAACUCUAUGAUGAUGUAGAAUCAGAGGAGCAGAAAACCAGACCACUGGUUUCAGCCUGUGAUACAAAUGAGAAUUGGAUUGAAUGUGGAAACUCCACAGUCACUGAUGAUCUUUUUGGAAUCAACACCUCAGAAACACUAAGUGUGACUAAAAAAAAGAUUGUUGAUGAUGGCAGAAGCACAAGCUUACAUGGAAUAAUGCAAAAUGAGGGGAUUAAGAAUAGUGCAGUUAAUAAUGUAGAGAAAAGUAGUGAAAUAGAAGCAGAGCAGAUAGCACCUCAAGAGAUGGACACCAAAAAAUGGAAAAUCAGUCUUUCCAGAUCACACAAUAAAGGUUUGAAAGUUCAGAGACAAUGCAGACGAAGAAAAGCAACAGUUAGGCAAAGUGGCUCCACCUGUGAAAGAAAGAAGAAAACACACCACCAGCCUUGCAAGAAGGGACUUUAUUGUAUUGGCUGUGGAGCUGAAAUACUGCCAAAAGCAGAGGGAAUUUUGAGAAAAGCUUGCUACAGUAAUAUUGAACUGAAAAUAAUCUGGAAACUCUUCAGAAACACUAAUGUAAGAAGUAAAGUACCCAUUAAUAAUUGUAAUUGUGAACUAGAUGCCACUUCAGAAAAUGAUAAUAUGAUGUUGAUCAUCUCAGAUGCUGCAAGUCUUAGUCAUCUUAAAGAAACUCUAAAGGUGUAUCAGAUGCCAGUGAAAAGUGAAGGUAAAUCUUACUGA